AUGCCCAGUGGCGAGGAGGGCGUGUCGCUGUGCCUGCGCAGGAUGUCCGGGAGGCGAAGCUGCACGCGGUACGCGGGUGGCACUGCGCGGGCGCUGGCGCGCGCUGGGCGGAGAGUUGGGGCCCGCCCGCAGCGCCUGGGCCUGCGCACCCCGCCAACCGCCGCGACGACUUCUCGCCAUCUUACAGGUGAGGCGGCGGAGGGACGGUGGGGAGACGAAGGGGGGAGGGAGGGCGAGGGGAGGAGGGGAGGGACGAGGGGGCGAGGGCACGGGGGGGGGCAGGGGGGCGAGGGACGGGGGCAGGGAUGGACGGACGGACGGACGGAACGGACGGGACGGACGGACGGAGAGAUACGACGACGACGGGACCGGACCGGGCGGACCGAAAGUGGCGUGGGAGCUGAGGCACCAUUCGGCCGCGCGUCACUGGGGCAGGUUGGGUUGGUUGUGGGCAAGGUUUUGCAGCGAGGGGCACGGCGUGGGAAGCUGGGCCGGCUUUACGGCUACCCGCGAAAGGCCCUUCGUGUGCGCUGCUGCUCAGCUGCGCGUCCUGGUUCCGCGAGGGGCGUGUUCGCGCUCGUACGGCUUCUUCUUCACCGCCCCGGUGCUGGGCUCCCUGAGGACCGCUGCCGCUCGCCCUUCCGGCGCGGGAGCCCCUUCCUCAAUCAUGAAUCGAUGAUGCGACGCGAGCUGCUUUCAUUCCGAUGCGGGGAUAACUCGCAAGGCGCCUUGGUGGGUCCGCGCAGAUUGUCCGGGGGGAAACACCUCCCCCUUCCCGGGGUGCAGCGUUGCACGACACGCGCGCUAUCUAUGGGAUGCCCGGGGACCCGCGUCGAAGGCUGGACAAUCUUGUCAAAAGAGUCGAUAUGCGAAAGCCUUCGACAAGCGCGUCCGGCAGUGGAAGUACGAUGGCGCGCCCGCUUUACGCUCAGGAGCAAGUACUCCCGAGCAAGUGCUGAUUUUUAUUCAUAUGGGUCAAUGCCCAUCGCAGGGAGCGUGUGCGCUGCGAAGCUGCACGCGUACGUGGGCGCGUGGCUGGCACUGCGCGGGCGCUGCGCGCGUGGGGCCCGCGCCUGCAGCGCCUGGGCCUGCGCCACCCGGCCAACGCCGACGACGCUUCUUGCACAUCUACAGGUGAGGCGGCGGGGGACGGUGGGAACAAAGAGGGAAGGGCUAGAGGACGAGAGGGAGCGAGGAGGGAGGGAGGGAGGGACGAGGGGAGGAGCGAGGGACGAGGGGGAGGGGAGGGAGGGCGGGGAGGGGACGGGGGGGGAGGAGAGGGGGGAAGGAGGGGAGGGGAUGACGGACGGACGGACGAACGGACGGACGGAGGACGGACGAGACGGACGGACGGACGGGGACGGACGGCAGGAUGGGGAGAGAGAGCAUGGCGGGCGCACCAUUCGGGCCCGCGUCAUGGGGGGUGGGUUGGUUGGUGGGCAAGGAGGUUUGCAGGCGAGGGGGCACGGCGUGGGAGCUGGGCCGGCUUUCUCGUACGCCGCCGAGACGGCCUUCGUGUCGCCGCUGCUGCUGCAGCUGCGCGUGGAGCGGCGCGUGAUGACGCUGGCGUGGGCGCUGUCGCCGCUCGUCGGCUUCUUCCUCACGCCGGUGCUGGGCUCCCUGAGCGACCGCUGCCGCUCGCCCUUCGGCCGGCGCCGGCCCUUCCUCGUGCUGCUCUCCGCCGGCGUCCUGAUCGCCGCGACUGCUUUAUUCCGAUGGUGGUAUAUGAGUAGGACGAAAAGUGACAAUAAUAUAAUGACAGCAUUGCCGCUGCACCGUUUUAUUAUUAUUACUAUUAUUAUUAUUAUUAUUAUUAUUUAUUAUUUAAAUAUUUUUUGA